AUGCCGCGACGCAAGAUCGGCGCCGACCUCAAAGAGGCCCUCUGCAAGCUCUACGAGGCCGGCGACCUCAGCGCAGACACCAUCGAAAAGCACGGCAUCAUGUCGCGCGCCACCUUUUUCCGCAACCUCAAGAUGUGGAAGGCCGGCGACAGCCUCGAACAGAGGCACAGCACCGGCAGAAAGACAAACGCCGACAAGCGCAGGCAGGAGGAGCAACAGGAGGUCGACCGCCUCCAGCCGUCCUCGCUCCAGCAGCUCAGGCUCACCCUCCUCCAGGAACCCGCCAACGCCGCAGCCGGCCCCAGCAGGCUGCCGCUCUCCGACAGGAGCCUGGGCAAGAAGCGCGACUCCGGCGACGGCGCCCAUCAGCCAGACGCCACGGCGCACACUGCUGCCGCCGUCGAUGCCGCAACCGCAGGCCCGGAUACCAGCGAGCCAGAGCCAGUCACCAGCGCCGAUGAAGCAGACGAUGUCGACGACGUCGACGAAGCCGAGGACCCUGGCGAGGAGGGCCGCCGCCACGAUGUCCAGCACGCAAGGGACUUCUGCCUCCGGAUGGUCAAGCAGACGUACGGUGCCGACUCGGCUGAGAGCGCUCGCGACGACCUCGACUCUCUCCUCGAUCCGGACGGCAACCAGUACUCGGCACGCCACCGCGGCGCGUUCUGGGUCGUGCGCCAGUCGGACGACCCGACGGGCCCGAUCGUGGCCACCGUCGGUCUGCGCUCUUUCAUCUGGGAGCCUCAGCUCUACCAGUCGCUCGGCGAGCGCUACGCCACCAAGAGCAUCGAUAAGAUAGGCCACCUCGACCGGCUCUAUGUCGACCCGAUCUGGCGCAGGCGGGGCAUCGGUCGUUGGCUCACCAGCGUCGUCGAGCUCAAGGCGUCCAAGUUUGGCUUCUCCUCCAUCUACCUCCACGCCGCCGCCACCCCCAGCACCGCCGUCGCCUUCUGGCAGGCGAUGGGCUACGCCGGCUUCGGCGACAUCGGUGGACAGGCGCACUUUGACAAGCCCAUCGUCCCCAACGUGCCACCGCCGCUUCGGGAGCGUCGUAAGCGGCCCAACACGGGCUCGGUCGGGCCGUCCUCUUCGGCCUCUACGUCGUCCGCAGGAGCAGCAGCGGUGACAGCAGGAGCCAGGCUCAAACGACCGCGGCUCGGCUCCGCAACCCGUCAAAGUAAGGACAAGGCCAGUCCUUCGUCGCCAUCGUCUGCAGCCGGCGCCGGCAAGACAGGCGCGGCCCGACCGAGCACUUCGAGCCGACGCAGCCCAGCGGGGCACGGCUCGAGCGCCGCCGCUCGACUGUCGCCCCACAACAGUCCCGGCCAGGCAGCUGGUGCUACGACGCCGAAGCGACGCGGCGUGCAGGCCGAGGCGUCUAGAACCUUGGCGCAGUCAUCUGCCUCGCCCACAUCGCCUGAGCAGCCCGCACCCCUGCCUCAGAUGGCCGUCCCUGACGCAUCCAUCGAUCCGGCCAUCACGAGCGCGCCGCAGCUGCAAACGCAAACGCAAGUGCAGCCGCAACCGCAGUCCGGGUCGGGGCCGGCACUGGCACCGGCGCCGAUGCCAGCCUCGUCCGCGCCGUUCGUCUCGAGCAGGGCAGCUGUCUCGCUACCGCCUCCGCCUCGCAAGAUUACAUUCCACGAAGCGGUGCCGCUGGCCCGUCCUGGCGUUCCGCUCGUCAGGGCACCGUCCCUCGCCGGCGCUCCAGCAGCGGCGCUUCCACAGCACGAGCCGCCACAGCAGAAGCGUUGA